UCUCAGAAUGAUAUGAGAAACAACUCGCUUCAAUGGGCUUCUGAGGAGCAAAGGAAAGCCGACAAAAAUGUGCUAAGGCUAGUUGAAGAACAGAAGAGGGAGAAGGAAGAGGCUCUUAAAAAGGUUCUUGAGCUAGAAAGAAACUUAGAUGAGAAGCAGAAAUUGGAAAUGGAAAUUGAAGAACUUAAAGGAAAGUUGGAGGUGAUGAAACAUAUGGGAGGAGAUGAUGCAGCUGUUCAGCAAAAAAUAGAUAGUAUGAAUGAGCAAUUGCAGGAGAAAAAAGAUGAUUUGGAUGGUCUCGAAGAUUUAAAUAAACAACUGCUGUUAAAAGAGCGCCAAAGUAAUGAUGAGCUGCAAGAGGCUCGCAAAGAACUAAUUGAGGGCUUGCAAGAAAUGCUGAUUAGUAGCCGUGUCAAUAUCGGAAUAAAAAGAAUGGGUGAAAUCGAUGAAAAAGCAUUUAAGAACGCAUGCAAGCUGAGAUUUCCACCUGAAGAAGCUGAUAUAAAGACUGUUGAGCUGUGCUCCUUGUGGCAAGAAAAGAUGAAACACCCCGACUGGCAUCCAUUCCGGGUUGUUGAAGAUAGCAAGGGGAAUUGUCAGAACUACAUAAAAGAGGAUGACGAACUGCUAAGCGGCCUUAAGAAUGAGUGGGGAGAUGAUGUGUACGAUGCAGUUACUACAGCGCUGAAGGAGAUGCAUGAAUAUAAUCCAAGCGGAUGUUAUUCAGUUCCCGAGCUAUGGAACUUCAAGGAAAAUCGUAAGGCUACUCUGAAGGAAGUCAUCAGUUACAUCUUCGCACAGUUGAAAACUCUCAAACGCAAGAGAACUUGAACAGGAAGAUAUGUUACGGGGCAAGGUGGUUCUGGCAUGGCAAUUCAGAAAUUUAGAGCGCAAGAUUAGGAAUCGAGAGUCUUAACUACGGUAGUUACAAAUAUUGAAAACUGAAGCUUUUGAGUUGUCGAACAUCAUGUAAUUGAAGCACUAACUAUGGUAGAACUGCUGGAUUAUUAUAUUAACUUGGUUGUUUAUUUCCAGAGAAUCCUAGAAUCUUUUUGUGAAAAGGUCCUCUUUUUGUGCAUUGUUCGUGACGAUGUUUUAGGAAAAUACGUGUUACGGUAACUGAAAUUAAAGUCGAAAAUGCGAAAAAUACGACGGUGAUGCCCAAUCGAGUUUCAACUGUU